AUGCCGAAAAAUAUAGCCAAGUACUUCAUGAAAUGCAGAGAUGUGUACGGGUGUGCCAUUCCUAAGAACAUGGAUAACAAGGCAAUGUCAGUUGACAACAUGUCUUCGACUGUCAGCAUCAAUGGAGAUCUAAACACUGCAUCCACGCUAAAACUAGCAGAAAAUGAUGUCAUCCAAAGAAAUAAGUUAAAUGAAGCAUUAGGAAGAUCUGAUACUGAGUUGUAUAUUCCUUCAGAUUAUCGGGAUAAAUCAAUUGGAACACCUGAUUCUGGAGCUUUACUUCAUCUACUUAAAAGCAGCUUAGGAUCAGGUAUUUUAGCUAUGCCAAUGGCCUUCAAAAACGGAGGGUUGGUCUUUGGUGUUAUUGGUUCAAUACUGACAGGGCUGUUAUGCACACAUUGUGUCCAUUUACUGGUUUAUUGCUCCCAAGUAUUAUCAGUAAGGACCAAAAGACCAUCCCUUGGAUUUGCAGAAACUGCUGAAGUUGCUUUCCAAACAGGGCCUCCAAGAUAUAAAUAUUUGGCAUCAUUUGCAAGAGAGUUUGUUCAUGCAUCAUUGUUCGCAACUUAUUAUUUCGGGAACACAGUUUAUGUUGUAUUCAUGGCACAAUCAUUUCAACAGGUUAUAGAAAAUGUUUUUCAUUUCGACCUUAAUAUUCGUCUCUACAUAUUGGCACUAGCAGUACCUCUAGUACCUCUUGGUAUUAUAAGGACUCUUAAGGUCUUGGUUCCAUUUUCGGCAAUUGCUACAGCUUUCAUUAUGUUUGGAUUGUCUAUAACACUUUAUUACACAUUUCUCGAUCUUCCAAGCAUUGAAACAAGAGACUAUAUCGCAAGCCCUGCCAAGUGGCCAUUAUUCUUUUCAACGGUGCUUUUUGCUAUGGAAGGAAUUGGAACUGUCCUUCCUAUUGAAAAUUCUAUGCUGAAUCCACAUCACUUCCUUGGAUGCCCUGGUGUUCUUAAUAUUGCCAUGACUGUUGUGGUUGUAUUGUAUGCCUCAGUUGGGUUUUGUGGCUACUUAAAAUAUGGUGACACGACAGAGGGUAGUAUCACCCUCAAUCUCGGCAAAACGAAUUUGGCUGAAGUAGUAAAAGUACUUGUUGCACUAUCUAUUCUAUUCACUUAUGGACUGCAGUUCACAGUACCAUCAGAAAUAGCAUGGAAAAGAAUUGGACCAAAAGUUAGUGAGAAAAAUCAAGAGAAGGGUUACUACAUAAUGAGAGGUCUCAUGAUAAUGGGAACAAUUAUUAUUGCAAUAAUCAUCCCCGAAUUGAGCCCAUUCAUCUCUCUUGUUGGAUCAGUCUGCUUUUCAAUCCUAGGUCUCUUUUGCCCAGCAGUGAUAGAAACUAUUACCCUUUAUGAAGAAGGUUUUGGUUUUAUGCGAUGGAGGCUGUGGAAAAAUAUUAUAAUCACAAUAUUAGCCUUGUUUGCUUUAGUAUCUGGUUCAUACUCUAGUAUAAUUGAAAUAAUUCAUGCAUACCAAUAA